CGUUCCUCAGUACCACCGACUGGUGAUUUCUGCGCAGGCGCCUUGCCCCGCGCUGACCGCCAUGGCGGCGCUGGAAGGUUCUAGUUCGUGCGGCCUCAGUCUGUCAGCCGCCUGGAGCAGACUGAGCACUGGCCUGGUCCCCCUCUCUGCACUUGGUCUGGAAACGUCUAGGUUGGCAAGUGGGAGUGCGUUUGUUGAGGAUGAUCUGCACGCUGCACUGGAAACUUUACGGCAGUAUGGUUUGCAAUCAGUGGCGCUGGAAUGGUUUAUGGAGAUGUUGCAGGUUGACCUUCAGAAGAACAUUGCAGCAGAGUUCUGGGACUUUCUCACACAAAGGGAGAACAUGGUGACAGAACAACAGCGCUCAAAGCUCCUGUAUGAUGCCUUCUGUAUGCUGGAUCAAAGGCUAGCACCCUACUUGUGCAGUCUGAAAUAUUUAGAGACUGGGAUUGAGGCAGGUCUGAUUACCAGUGUAGGACCUGGAACACUGAAAGACAAGGUCUACACAAUGGUUAAAGCUGUGUUAUUCUUCUCAACUGUACAACCCUUUCAGGAGAUUAUACAUGAAUUUUACACUCGUGCUUUCAGUAUCUAUGCGCACCAAGACAAGGCCCUACGGAAUGGAGAUAGCAUGAGUGAAGAUGAAGAUGAGAAUGCAGCCGAUGAUAUGGAACAGCUAAGCUGUGCUGGCUGUAAUGCAGUGAAAGAGCGGUGCUGGUGUACCACUGCUGUGGAGCAGUUUGCAAAAGUCAAUCAUGUAUUGCACUCACUGAACCUGUUAGAACGAAUCAGUGCAAACGCCAUCACAACCAUCCUGCAUAAAAUGAUAGAGGAACAUGUGGGCAGACUGUGUCGUGGAGAAUAUGAAAACUCCUUUCUCUCCCAGCUAGAGGAGUGGCUGGAAUCAAAGGUAGUUUGUUGGCUGAGCAUGGUGUUUCUGCAGAAAACCAACACAAAAUCAUCAUCCUCUCAGACAAGCAGCACAUUACAACGCUGGAGAAUACACCUGCAGUUUUUUCUUUACCAGGUGUAUGCAAAUAUGAGGAUUGAGGAACUUUUCAGCAUUAUUCGUGAUUUCCCAGAAUCCAAAGCAGCAUUGCAGGAUCUGAAAGUCUGCCUUGAAAGGACCAAUCAGAGACAACAAUUACUUUCAUCUCUAAAAGCAGCUCUGGAAACCAGACUUCUCCACCCAGGAGUAAAUACUGCUGAUGUGAUAACCUUGUACAUAUCUGCAAUCAAGGCCCUUCGUGAGUUGGACCCAUCGAUGGUUAUUUUGGAGGUGGUGUGUGAACCAGUCCGCAAGUAUCUAAGGACAAGGGAUGACACUGUAAGACAGAUCGUAGCAGGUUUGACUGAUGAUUCGGAAGGAUCCAGUGAUCUGGCAAAUGAACUGUCCAAAGCAGAUCCAAUCACUCUAGAGCAUGGACAUGAUAGUGAUGAUGAUAUGUCUGAUCCAGAUGAUUGGCUUCCUGACCCUGUUGAUGCUGAUCCAGGUAAAUUUGGUUCUAAGCGAAGAUCUUCUGAUAUCAUCACCUUGCUGGUCAGCAUUUAUGGCAGCAAAGAAUUGUUUAUAAAUGAAUAUCGUACGCUACUGGCAGACCGAAUACUCCAUCAUUUCAGCUACAUUACCUGCAGGGAGAUCCGAAAUCUGGAGUUGCUGAAGCUGCGUUUUGGAGAGGCUCAGAUGCACUUCUGUGAGGUCAUGUUAAAGGAUGUUGCUGAUUCUCGAAGGAUAAACAGCCACAUUCACGAGGAGGAUCAAGAGACUCCCUUACACCUGAAUGCAAUGAUCCUGUCUGGUGAGUUCUGGCCACCUUUGAAAGAGGAGAAACUGGAACUCCCCACUGAAGUGAAAGAAGCAAUGGAUGCUUAUACCAAGAAGUAUGAGAAAUUAAAAGCCAUGAGAUCACUGAACUGGAAGCCUCAUCUGGGAAAUGUUGACCUGGAAAUUGAGCUGGCAGAUCGAACAUUAUCUGUGUCUGUCUCACCUGUCCAUGCUGCAAUCAUUAUGCACUUCCAACAGAAGAAUACCUGGACUCUGGACGAGCUCAGUGAUGCACUUAAAGUUCCUGUCGUUGCGCUGCGAAGGAAGAUUGCUCUUUGGCAGCAGCAGGGGGUCUUAAAAGAGGAUCCCACAGACACAUUUACAGUGAUUGAGGAGGAACAGAAAGAUCAGCAGGAGAAAAUGGUUUUAAUUGAUAGUGAUGAAGAAGGAGACUCUGCUAUGGCUUCCCAGGCUGAUCAGAAAGAGGAGGAAUUGCAGCUUUUCUGGACAUACAUCCAAGGUAUGCUGACCAAUCUAGAGAGCUUACCACUAGAGCGUAUUCACACCAUGCUCAAGAUGUUUGUGAUGACGGGCCCAGUAAUGGCUGAGAUUGAUAUGCAAGAGCUUCAAGCAUUCUUGCAGAAGAAAGUAAAGGACCACCAACUAGUCUAUUCUGGUGGAGUGUACCGGCUUCCCAAAUCUAACUGCUGAAUCGGGAUCCUUGCUCAGAAAGAUUGGUGGAGCUGAUCUAUGAUUGAACUUGUGGCUUUCUUCCUGCUGUGAUCUAUGAUCCAGAGCCAUAACUUUGAAGGAAUAUUGAUGCAACAGCAGUGUCCACUCAGCAGUAACUACAAGAAAUUUAAUUGUCUUAAUAACUAAGAUUCACCUGAAUUCUUCUACACCAGAGACCUGUGGCAGAAAUCCUGAAAUUCUUUGUAUAGAUGCAGCUCCAUAAUGAACCUCUCUUUGGUAGGGAGUGAGAUAACAACUUGUGGUGGAGACAUGAGACAUUUGUAAAGUGUACCUGAAUUCUGAGGUACAAAAUCCCGCAGGCACACAGGAGUAGAUUUUCCACAGUAAGUAAAUCCUAUUGGUCUGACGGUUCACAGACAAUCUUUACUGUCACCCCCUAUGAUCGUGAGUGAGCAAUGUCAAUCCAUUAGUGAUAACUGAUAUGCAUUUGAGGCUUGGUUUGCAAAUUCUUUUAAUGUUACACUUGUACACUGUUUAGAAUUACAUUUCUGUUUAGAGAUGGCUGUUUUGUUCUUGCCCAAAAGAUCUAAUAGAUUUUGGCCUUUCCUCACUUUGUGAUUAUCCUAUGAGAAGGGCAUUUUUUCUACUUUUCCUGUUAAAAUAUUUUAAAAUUUAGCACCUCUGCCUAAAACUUGACUUGCACUUAUCAGGUACUUGGGAGUGGCAUAUACUCCUGGGAUCUUGACUGUCUUUAAAUUGAGGAGGGAAAUAAUUGAACUGCCAUUUAUCCAAAGCUUUAGUUAUGAUCAUCUUUAAAGAAUGGACUUAGACUCCGUGGAUUGGUUCCAAUCUGUGUUGUGAUUCUGCACUAAAACUUUGUAGCCUUGUAACUAAUUCAGGUUAAUAACAGGAAGUUACAGAUUCUCAGCCAGUGGGAACAGUUGCAGACAGUUGACAAGACUGACAAGAGACAGAAACUGAACUGUAACUCAGCAAACACACUGCACCUUGAGUUAUUCGUAAACUGUGAGGGUGGCGGUGGUGGUGGUGGUGGUGGCGGCAGCGAGGUAGAGAGGAGGAAAUGAAAUUCCUAUCAGCUUAUUUAGCAAAGAUACCAAUGUGUUUACAAUUGAUGCUUAUUUUCUCUAUUUCACUUUACACGAUGAAUUGCUUAUUUAAAAGAUCUAUGGAUGCUGCAUGUUUCAGUGUAAUCAGCAGAAUGUGCUAUGUAUUUUACACUAUGUUGUGAGCAUUGAAUUGUGUUCUGACUAGGACAACAGUAACCAAAAACAGUGAUGAUAUGUUUUCAUCCCUUACUGGCUGAGGAAUUAUGAUUUCUCAUGAUCCUGAUUAAAAUAUACAUAAUUAUUUGUUUUAAGA